AUGACAUUUGUGGUUCGGGCUGAGACCCUGCAGCGGAGUCCGGUCCUGGUUGAUGUGGUUCGUCCUGAGCUCUCGGAUGUGGCAGACUGCAGCCUGCAGGGGGCGCCGUGGUACUGGGGAGGCGUGUCCAGGUCCGAAGUGAACGUUCUGCUGAAGGAUUCUCCCGACGGAACAUUUCUGGUCCGAGACUCGUCCAAUCAGAAGCCGGGACACUACACUCUGACGCUCAGGUGCUCGGGACACACGGUCCUGGUCCGGAUCCUGGUCCUCAGGGGACUGUUCGGGUUCGCAGAGCCGCUGAGCUUCAAGUCCGUGGUGGAUCUGGUGACCUUCCACAGAACCCGAAGUUUGAGCUGCUACAACCCAGAGCUGAAGGUGGCGCUAGAGAGGCCCAUGUGCAGAACAAGCAACAGCCCCCAGGUCACGGAGCAGAUCUGUGGAAUGGCGUCCUCCGAGGUUCAGGAGAAACACGUGGAGGAAACAAUGAUCCAACUUCAGCAGAAACACAGAGAGUUUGAAGGACUGCAGGAGCUGAAGAUGAAGAGGUCCCAGGUACGGCACGUCCCGGAUCAAGACCCACCAUGGGCCCUGGUCUUAGGCCUGAACCAGAUUUCAGGUCUGAACCAGGUCUGUUUGUUUCUGCAGGAGAUCCAAUCCAAGAGAACGGCCAUCGAAGCUUUUAACGAGACCAUCAAGAUCUUUGAGGAGCAGUGCAGAGAAGAGCCGGUUCUGGACCUAGAACCAGACCACGGGCAGGACCAGACCUCAGACCAGACCUCAGACUGCGCCCUGUCCCGGCUCAGGUCCCGACUCGGAGAGAUCCGUGAGACCAGGAGGAGUCUGGAGCUGGACUUGGAUUCUAAAGUCCAGGAUCUCAGCGACACUGAAGACACAUUGAACCGAGUCUGCGCCGAGCUUCAGCUGAUGCUCCGGACCAACCAGGACCUGCUCAGUCGUCUGAAGGAAUGUGGUGUGAGCGAGUGGUUGGAGCAGUGGGACCUUCUGAACCUGGACCCGGACCUGAACCCAGACCUGGACCCGGACUUGGACCUGGACCUGGCCUCCUCCUGCCUCUGGCCCCUGAGCUCCUGGUUCCGGGGGCCCCUCUCUCGCUCUGAGGCCGAGCAGCUCCUGAGUGGGAGGGCAUCUGGGUCGUUCCUGAUCCGUGAGAGCAGCAGAGCAGACUGCUACGCCUGCUCCGUCGUUGUGCGUUCCGAGGUCAAACAUUGCAUCAUCACGUCUUCGGACCGAGGUUUGGGAUUCGAACCCUCCACUUGCUUCAGCAGCCUGUCCGCCCUGGUCUCCUUCUACAGCAGGAGGUCCCUGAGGAGCCACAACCCCGAGCUGGACGUGAGGCUGGAGAGUCCGGCCUGGGACCAGAGCGAGACCGAGGAGGAGGACCAGAGGCUGUGUGACCAGAGCGAGACCAAGGAGGAGGAGGAGGAAGAGGAGCAGAGGGACGGAGAGGAGGCGACAGCAGACAGCAGCCUCAGAGAUCAGGGAACAGCUCCUGUUUGUUUGAUCAUCAGGACUUUUGUGUGA